CCUACGUAACACGUUCCAGUUUACGUCCAAACUCACAGAAACGUCAACAUUUGUAUUUCGUUACGUAAAUGGCUAAUUACACCACUCAUAUUUAACCAAAAUAUUUCCUACAUUCGAUACAGAUUUAUAUUCGCAAAAUAAUGGCAAACAAGGACAGAAACAAAACGAUUUUGCUGGAAUUGGGGAAACUGCCAGAAAACAACCAAUGCGCAGACUGUAGCGCGCCGGAUCCUGACUGGGCGUCCUAUAAGCUGGGUGUAUUUGUGUGUCUGAACUGCUCUGGAGUGCACCGCAACCUGUCCAACAUCAGCCGCGUUAAAUCCAUACAGCUCGACUUCUGGGAUGACGAGCUGGUCAAGUUCAUGAAAACCAAUGGAAAUGCCACAGGCAGAGCCAUCUAUGAGAAAGCAGUCCCAGCAUUCUACUACCGGCCCCAGCAAGAAGACUGUGCCGUCUUAAGGGAGCAGUGGAUAAGAGCAAAAUAUGAGAGGAUGGAAUUUACCGGCGAGACAAAGUCCCCACUGGCCUACACAACAGGUUUCUAUGAAGGGAUGCUGUGGAAGAAGGGGAAGGAGAAGGGACAGUUUCAGAGAAGGAAGUUUGUUCUGUCUGAGAAGGAAUUCACCCUGUCUUACUUCAACAAGGAGGAUCCGUCCAAAGGGCCCAAAGCGCUCAUCUCCAUCAAAGACGUGAAUGUGACCUUUCAACCUGAGAAAAUUGGUCACGCCCAUGGUCUGCAGAUUACCUACCAGAAAGACAGCCACACCAGAAGUAUUUUUGUCUACCACGAAAGUGGAGAGGAGAUUGUCAACUGGUUCAAUGCCAUUCGAGCUGCUCGCUUUGCCUACCUGAAAACAGCAUACCCCACAGGAAGUGAUAAAGAAUUGAGGACUAGAAUUACCAGAAACUACCUCAAAGAAGGGUACAUGGAGAAGACAGGUCCUAUGCAAAAGGAGAUGUUCAAAAAGAGAUGGUUCAUCUUGGACUCCCAAGACAGGAAGCUCCUUUACUUCAAAAGCCAGCUGGAUGCUGAGGAGCUGGGAGUUGUGUUCAUCGGCACAGAGACCAAUGGUUACUCAGUGAGUGAGUGCAUUCCCAAAAGGACCAGAGGCAACCGGUGGAGGUGUGGAGUCACAGUGGACACGCCGGACCGCCAGUUUGUCUUCAUGUGUGAGCAGGAGAGGGAACAGAGAGAGUGGGUGGAGGCCCUCAGAGAGGUCAUCUCUAAACCCAUGCAGCCCCAGGACUACACCACUGAAGCCAACAUCCGAGGGAAGAGUUGACUUUCGAGAGAGAGCUGAGGGAAGAGUUGACUUUUGAGAGAGAGCUGAGGGAAGAGUUGACUUUCGAGAGAGAGCUGAGGGAAGAGUUGACUUUCGAGAGAGAGCUGACUUUCGAGACAGAGAUUCCACCAACAUUGGCUGCAAAACCCACUCUGAAGACUCAUCUACACUGAACAAAAAUAUAAACACAACAUGCAACAAUUUCAAAGAUUUUACUGAGUUACAGUUUAAAUAAGGAAAUCAGUCUGUUGAAAUAAAUUAAUUCAGACCUAAUCUAUGGAUUUCACAACUGGGAAUACAAAUAUGCAUCUAUUGGUCACAGAUACAGAAAACCAGUUAGCAUCUGGUGUGACCACCAUUUGCCUCAUGCAGCACGACACAUCCUCUUCGCAAGUUGAUCAGGCUGUUGAUUGUGGCAUGUGGAAUGUUGUCCCACUGCUUUUCAAUAGUUGCUGGAUACUGGCGGGAACUGGAACACGCUGUCGAUCCAGAGCAAUCCCAAACAUGCUCAAUUAGUGACAUGGUUGGUGAGUAUGCAGGCCAUGGAAGAACUGGGAUUUUUUUUUAUUCCAGGAAUUGUGUACAGAUCCUUGCGACAUGAGGCCGUCCAUUAUCAUGCUGAAACUUAAGGUGAUGGCGGCUGAUGAAUGGCACGACAAUGGGCACGACAGGAUCUCGUCACGGAGUCUCUAUGGAGUCAAAUUGCCAUCGAUAAAAUGCAAUUGUGUUAAUUUUCCGUAGCUUUAUUCCUUCCCAAAUCAUAACCCCACCGCCACGAUGGGGCACUAUUCACAACGUUGAGCUUGCCUGAGACCGUUUUCUGGCAAGUUUGUGCCGAAAUUCUUCAGUUUUGCAAACCCACAGUUUCAUCAGCUAUCCGGGUGGAUAGUCUCAGAUGAUCUCGCAGAUGAAGUAGCCGGAUGUGGUGGUCCUAAAAUUUUGGAGAAAUACAUUUUUUUUGUGCAUAUGGAACAUUUCUGGGAUCUUUUAUUUCAGCUCAUGAAACAUGGGACCAACACUUUACAUGUUGUGUUUCUAUUUUUGUUCAGUAUAUAAGAAACUUCCAGUAUCACUGCAUUGAAUGUAUCCCCCUUAGUGACAGCAGGCCUCUAAAUAUAUUACUUCUUUGAGGACAAUGUCUAGGACUGUGGGUUGUUUAUUUACAAUGCAGAUACAUGGUUCUACUGGAAUUAUUGAAAAAUGAAUUGGGGCAGUACUGUCUCACCACAAAUUAUGGACAAAUACUAGAUGCCUUGCUCGGCAUGGAAGGUAAAAAUUGUUAUUCUCAAACCUUACAUAUUAAAAUGGCAGAGUUGUGUGUCCCGUGUGCACUUGUUUUAAGUGUGAAACAAUGGUCAAUUCUGUUGCUAUGAGAAAGUAAACGUGUGUGAGUGUGCGUACAUAUUAUAAAAUGAAUAUCAACUGGAAUAAUAUCUAAUACCAACUGUGAUUACCAAUAAAAACUGUGAUAAUAUAACAA